AAGCGUAAUCCGAUUUAUUAUUUCUAUGAAGAAGUCUCGCUUAAUGCGGAGGGGAAACCUGGAAACAAGGGGGAUAAGCACUUCAAGUGCUAUCACGGUAGCCGCAAAGUUCUGACAAUCACCAAGGCCAUGAAAGGAAGCUUGAAUGGGCUUGUCGGUCAUUUGAAGACAUGCUCGGCACCCAUGUACCGCAUGUUUUUAGCAUUACGUGCCCGUUUGGAAAAGACACCGAACGCUGCUAUUCUCAAAGAUGAAAUUGAGAUCGCAAAUGGCUCCAAGAAGUUGGAUGCACAGGCGGCUGAGAUAUAUCUCAAGCAGAUGGAAUCGGAGUCAGAGAAUAUUAUCCACGCUUUUAAGAAGCAAUCCAUGGAUGCUAAGGGUGAUUGGGACCAGGAUAAAUUCGAAAGACUCCUUGCGGAGUGGCUCGUCGCAUGUGAUCAGCCCUUCGAGGAGGUUGAUAGGCCUGAGUUUCGUAACCUCCUG